AAGGAGGAACUUUCUCCGUGGAAAUUGCAGAAAGGAAGUGGAUGAGAGCAAAGCAGUAUUGGACUAUGGAAACAACUCUACAUGGUAGCUUGAAUCCACAGAAACAAGUGAAGACAGGGAGAAAUGAGUAAGAAAGGUCUCUGGAUGCUGGCUGUGUCUCUGUUAAUGACAAGGGGAGUUGCUGAAUUGUCAACAGAUUUUGAGACUUGUGAAAACCAAGGACCUCGAGGACCUCCAGGAUCCCCAGGACUCCAAAGACCCCCAGGACUCCCAGGACCCCCAGGACCCCCGGGACCCCCAGGACUCCCAGGACCUGCUGGAUUUCCAGGCCUUCCAGGUUUUCCUGGAAGUCCAGGGCCAAGAGGCUUCCCCGGAAACACUGAGGAUUGUCCAUCUCCACCAACGUCUGCCUUUGCGGUGAAGCUGGAUGAACCCCUCCGUGCUCCCUCCCAGCCUAUUAUCUUCAAGGAAGCUCUGCACAAUCAUCAGGACCAUUUUGACCUGGCCACUGGCGUGUUCACUUGUGCCUUCCCUGGCAUCUACCACUUUGGCUUUGAUAUUGAGCUCUUCCAGAAAGCUGUGAAUGUGGGUCUCAUGAGGAAUGGCAUUCAAGUUAUCAAGAAGGAAACUGAGGCCAAGGAUGGCUAUGGUCAUAUAUCAGCAACUGCCAUCGUGCAGCUUGAGAAAGGAGACAGGGUCUGGAUGGAGUCCAACCUCAGCCAACAAGAACCUGAAAAAGGAAUUAUUCAAACUCUGUUCUUUGGGUUUUUGGUCUAUUAAAUGUAAUAUGUCUGUGGGGCACCAGUUCUCUCCACUUCUUCAA